AGCUUAGACUUGUCCCACUAGCUCUUAUAACUUAAAUUAACCCAUUUCUAUUAAUCUACUUGUUGCCAUGUGAGUCAAGACUUUUACCUCUCCUCCUGUAUGUCUUACUCCCUCUGUGUUCAGGCUGGCUACUAUGCCUAUCUUCUUCCCUGAGACCUCUCUGUGUCUCCCCCCACCCCCAAGUCCCACCCACCUAACCUCUCUCUGUCUAGCUAUUGGCCAUUGAGCUCUUUAUUAGACCAAUCAGGUGCCUUAGGCAGGCAAGGUGAACCAGAUGCAACACAUCUUUACAUAAUUGAACACACAUCCUUACAUCAUUAAACAAAUGUAACACAUCUUUACAUAGUUAAAAUAAUUUCCAUAACAAAACAGUUUAUCCUUAAGGAAUUGAGGGACCAUGGCUUGGGAACACAGGUUUAGGUUAUCCCAAGUUCCCUGUUCCAACUCGGAAGCAGUUUCAUGAAGGUUUUUACAGUUUUACAGAACAAAGAAAGUCAUAAAUCAAGACAACUUUAAAAUACAUUGGUGGGUACACCAGAGAGGUGGGUUGCAAAGAGAUGGAGGAGCUAUGCUAUAGGCCCAGGAGGCUGUCUGAGAGCAUCCUUAGCUCCUGGAUUGGUGGAAGCCAGUGUUCUGCUGAGUUAAUAGCUCCUAAGAGGUCUUUAUUUAUCAUCACUGGAGUUCUGUUCAGGGAAGACACAGCUUCUCUUCAGGAACUUGCACUCACGAGGGUGUGCUAUGCAAGUGUGCUGUCACUGAACAACACUCCAAAUCCCCACUGGUCUUUAGGGGAGAAAGCAGUGGAAUCCCAGCACUUGAGAGGCAGAGGCAGGCGGAUCCCUGUGAGUUGGAGGCCAGCCUGGUCUAAAAAGUAAGUUCCAGGACAGCCAGGGCUAAGCAGAGAAACCAUGCCUCACCCCCACCCCCACCCUGAAGAAGGAAAGAAAGAGAAGGAAGGAGGAGGAAGGAAGGAAGGGAAAGAAGGAAGGAAGGAAGGAAGGAAGGAAGGAAGGAAGGGAAAGAAGGAAGGAAGGAAGGAAGGAAGGAAGGAAGGAAGGAAGGAAGGAAGGAAGGGAAAGAAGGAAGGAAGGAAGGAAGGAAGGAAGGGAAAGAAAGAAGGAAGGAAGGAAGGAAGGAAGGAAGGAAGGAAGGGAAAGAAGGAAGGAAGGAAGGAAGGAAGGAAGGAAGGAAGGAAGGAAGGAAGGAAGGGAAAGAAGGAAGGGUUUAUUUUGGCUCAUGGUUUGAGGGUCCUGUCUGUUGUGGGAUCAUAAGGACAUGAGCAUAAGACAGAUGGUGGAACUGUCUGUAGUCAGGGAGCUGAGAGAAACAGACACUCGGGCUCAUCUCAUGUCCUCUCUCUCUCUCUCUUUCUCUCUCUCUCUCUCUCUCUUUUGGUUUUUCGAGACAGGGUUUCUCUGUGUAGCUUUGCACCUUUCCUGGAACUCACUUGGUAGCCCAGGCUGGCCUCGAACUCACAGAGAUCCGCCUGGCUCUGCCUCCCGAGUGCUGGGAUUAAAGGCGUGCACCACCACCGCCCGGCUUAUGUUGUUUCUCUUUGCAUGUGUAUGUGUGUGUGCAUGUAUGUGCCACCAUGUUUGUGUGGGGGGGGGGUGCCUAUGAGCAGAGGCCAGAGGCUGACAUCAAACGCCUGCCUCCAUCCAUCUCUUCCAGAGGCUGGGAUUACAGACCAGCCACCCUGCCCUAUGUGGAUCUUGGGGAUUUGAACUCUAGGCCUUAUGACCUUUACCCACUGAGCCAGCUCCACAGCCUCAGCGCAUCAUCCCAUCCUGCCCACGUUAAGGAUGGGCCUUCCCACCCCUGUCAGCCUAAUUGAGAAAGUCCCUCACAUGCCCAUUGGUCUGUCUCCUGGGUGAGUCUAGGAUCUAUCAAGUUAACCAUCUCAGGCACACUAGGCCCCCACGGAGCUCAUCUUUCUGUCCUCAGGGUUCUUUUGAAAGAGAAGGUGGAGUCGGGAACAAGAGGCCAGGGCAGUUUGACAGGCUCGGCUUGGGAAAAGCUGAAUCACCGUGAGGACUUAGUUGUCCUUAAACCCCGAAUCGCUAGCCAAUUGCUAGGAUCAACACAGACUGGGAUUCCACUAAAGACAGGAGGAGGUCUAAUUUCAUGCCCACACUUAGGCGCGCCUGGAAUUUUGCUUCUGAAUUCAGAGUCUUCUUGGGAGAGGAUUUGCGUCGACCUAGACCCAUACUUAUCCAUCUAUACACUCCUGUACACUUGGGUAAAGCCAACGGCCUUGGCGCUGCUGGCUCCUGUAGGUGUUCGGAUUACAUAAAAUGGUCCUGAAAACACCAGCCUGCUCUCCCACGUGGGGGCGCGCAGAGCUCCAGUCGCGCAGAGCUCGCCCACACCUGUUAAACCUACUCCCAGGCUCUGUUCUCUAAAGCAAGCAGCCGGGAAUCGGCUCUACAGUAGUUCUGUGUUCGGUAAUCUCAAGUGCGAGUUUCGCAGAAGCAAGCAUUUACAUUUUGCAGAAAACGACGGUCUCCAGCCCACGAGCUCCAGCCCAAGAAAAUUACGUAGCACUUGUUUUCCUCCUUUUGAGGUUUUUUUUUUUUUUUUUCCCAAAAUAGCUGCUUCAAUCCGACUGCCACAAGUCCCGCUGAUCCCUUACGGUUCCUUUAGGAGCAGGUCCCUGACACGCUCUGCUGCCGAGUCGGUAUCCCUACUCCGGCGGGCGUGCGGGAGGAGGCGGACCCUUCGGGAACAGAUGGCCCCUCCUCGGAGGGGAGGGACCGACUCCCAGGGCCUUGUUCUCCAGCAGUCGCAGCGCCGGGUCCCAGAACUUAGCCCUGCGCCACGGUUCUGACCACGCGUGGCCCGCUGCCCAGCCGGCCCAGCAAGCCGGUGGUCCGCGUGUCCCUCCGAGAUGUCGUCCUGCAGCCGCGUGGCGCUGGUGACCGGGGGUAACAAGGGCAUCGGCUUCGCCAUCACGCGUGACCUCUGUCGGAAGUUCUCGGGGGACGUGGUGCUCACCGCGCGGGACGAGGCGCGGGGCAAGGCUGCGGUGCAGCAGCUGCAGGCGGAGGGCCUGAGCCCGCGCUUCCACCAGCUGGACAUCGAUGACAUGCAGAGCAUCCGCGCCCUGCGCGACUUUCUGCGCAGGGAGUACGGAGGACUUAACGUGCUGGUCAACAACGCGGGCAUCGCCUUUAGAAUGGAUGAUCCAACACCCUUCGACCUUCAAGCUGAGACGACGCUGAAGACAAACUUUUUCGCCACCAGAAAUGUCUGCACUGAGUUACUGCCCAUAAUGAAACCACAUGGGAGAGUAGUGAACCUCAGCAGUCUGCAGGGGUCCCGGGCCCUUGAGAACUGCAGUGAGGAGCUUCAGGAAAGGUUCCGGUGUGACACACUCACCGAGGGGGACUUGGUCGACCUCAUGAAGAAGUUUGUGGAGGACACAAAAAAUGAGGUCCACGAGAGGGAAGGCUGGCCGGACUCGGCCUACGGGGUGUCCAAGCUGGGGGUGACAGUCCUUUCAAGAAUCCUGGCCCGGCAGCUGGAUGAAAAGAGGAAAGCAGACAGGAUUCUGCUGAAUGCCUGCUGCCCGGGAUGGGUGAAGACCGACAUGGCGAGGGACCAGGGCACCAGGACCGUGGAGGAGGGCGCUGAAACCCCUGUCUACUUGGCCCUCCUGCCUCCAGAUGCCACGGAGCCUCAGGGCCAGCUAGUCCGUGACAAAGUCGUGCAAACAUGGUGACCGUCUGCUCUGGGACUUAGGGGUUUAAUAAACGCUGGGGAGAGAGAUGAA